ACCCAAUGAUCAUGACUUCCUCGAAGACCACCGUCUCCCUCUAAGGAUACCGCUACUUGACUAGCGUAGCUCUUGCACCCAUCUACUCUCCACCAUGGCCACCCUACCCCGCGCGUCCAAGUCCCCUAACGCGACACCUCAAUCGAGCAGAAUCCUCGGCAGGCCCGUUUCCGAGUCCGCUAAUUCCCAAGCCCUCGACUUUGAUACCGGAAUCAAUACAUCGGCAGCUUGGACUGAGCAUCUGGAGCAUGGCUACGCAUCCGAUCCUGCUUCGGGGGACGAAGCAGACCAGGACGUGGAGGAGGAGCAAUCGCGGCCAGCGCGGGCGCUGUACGACUUUGAGGGCAAGGCUGAGUUUCGCGAGCUCACAGUGUACGCGGGGGACGAGCUGCGCGUCGUGCGGGAGGAGCUACCGGAUGGCUGGAGUCUCGUGAAGACCGAGUCGGGCGAGACAGGCCUCCUGCCGCGGACCUACUAUACGUUCACCUCGGACUUUACCACUGCACCGGACGUUGACGUUCCCCCUUCACGAUUCCGCUCGAAGCGCCGCGAGGCGUCAGACCACGAUCGCACACCGCGCGGAUCGCCUACGUCGGAGCAGGCCGCACUACCCAUCAUCCCCCAGAACACGGGCGAGUGGUUCCCGAGCUUCAAGCGCAGCCUGCUCGGGGGCAAGAGCUUGAAUCGAUUCAGUGCCUUCGUCACGAGCGGUGCAGAGGAGUGGGUGCUCAACGGGGCGGGCGAUAUAGACGCGGAACCACCUCCAACGACCCACGGCCGCAUUGCCAGUGACGCGUCGGACGACGGAAUGGGGAGGCUCAGCGCGCUUGGAAUGGGGGAGGCGGAUCGACAUUAUGUGGAUUCGGGGCCAGCGUGGAAGGCGAAGAUUCCGCCAUUCAGAGUGAUCGUGCAUUCGCCGUCGAAGCGGUCAUCGGUGCUCUCGGGCGCCUUCACGGUGUAUGGUGUCACGUCGAUCUUCGAUGGCUCUCGACGACAGGCGUCAGACGAUACCCAAGGACCUAAUGAUUCUGAAGACCUCGAGGACACCGACGGCGAAGACGAUGAAGAGGGCCCCUCCACCCCUCGUAUGACUGUCAGCCGCCGGUUCUCUCACUUUGUCAUCCUACACACGCUGUUGACUAGGCGACUACCUGGUAUCGCGCUACCUCCACUGCCCGAGAAGCAGUAUGCAGGACGCUUCAGCGACGACUUCGUUGAGGCGCGACGUGGAGACUUGGAACGCUACAUCAAUAAGAUCGCCCGGCAUCCCAUUGCUCGAUACGCGGACAUCCUUACCGCAUUCCUCGGGUGCGAGAGUGACCUGGAAUGGAAACGCCUUUUGAACCAACAUCUAUCCGUUCCUCCCUCUGGCCCCUCGUUCUACGCUCGUGUGUUCCACCCCGCCUUCAAUGUCGACGCAGAGGACGCAGCGGAAGCAGUCGAGCGCUUCGACACGCACACUCGUGCGGUCGGCAAGGGCGUGCAGGCGUUGCGUAACAUCUUCGGCCGCGUACGCGAAGCGCGCGUGGAGAUGGCCAAGACAGAGCGAUUGCUGUCGUACUCGCUGUUGUCCCUCAUCACGUCGAGACCCCUCGCGUCGGCGCCGACAACAGGCGCGACGGAGGAGGACGAGCAGUAUAAUGUGAAGGGGAAGGGGCUGUUGAACGCGGAUGGGGCGUGGUGUUGGAGGGAAAAUUGUGAAGAGUGCUUGAAGCUGACGAAGGCGAUGCAGAAGACGUCCGACACCAUACAGAACGUCGCGGAUUUGUAUGAAGCUCAUGCGCGAAGACGACAACUUGACACGCACGAGUCCCUGAAAGGCGUUGCGCACCCGUACUCGCACUAUGAGGGCGUCAUAACAACGCACCGAUCCGCUCUUUCGCGAUAUCACGAAGCGACUAGCGCGGAGCAGCCCAACGAAGAAGUUGCAGGGCGCUGCGAGACCGUGCUCAACGUGACCAUGGCGGAGAUGGACACUUACCACCAGCAGAAGGUGCAGGAUUUUGGUACCCUAGUGAAGGACCACCUAGACGGCGAGAUCGAGUUUUACGAGCAGGUCCUCCGACGUUUACGGAACGCGCGACAAGCCUUCGACGAACCCGAGUACACGGAAUUGGGCACUUCUCCGCGUCAGCCCUCGAUAUACGAGCGCGAGCUGGAGCACCCGAGAUUGGGCGCAGAGCCGCUGACGCAACCGUGCCCUCAUGUGUACGACUCAGCACCGAUGCGGCCCGUCAGUGUCGCGCUGCAGGAGGGCGUCGGGCUGUUCCUCGGCCCUACGGCGAGAGGAAGCGUAUUGGGAAAGCUAUGGCCGAGUCGGGCGGCACAGAGUACGGAGAGAUGAACAUACAUGGGGAAUCCGUCGGGGACUUGCUUGCAUAUCAUCAUCACUAUCUGCAUAUCGACGAUCUAGAGACAUGUAAGGACCAGUCUAUACCUAUGUUGUACUUCGUAUACCCUCAUACAAUGACGAACUUUACGACCUUC